UCUAGACUCUAGGCCACUUGCCACAAAAUUACAAGUUUCCUUGCUGCUGUUAACAACCAAAUCUUUCGGUUCUCCUCUCCUCAAUUCGGUUCUCUUUUCUCUGUUGCUUGUACUGUCAUCUAUGUUGUAGAUUAAUGUACGUUAUAAACGAUAUAAUCUCCCAUCCAUCCAUCAUCAACAUUUCUAAGGUGGAAACCCUAAUUUAAAAGAGAGAUGUUGAGGAAUAGGAGACGAAGCCGUUAUGGGGUACAAUUAUGUGCAAUCACAGCUGCAAUUCUGCUCCUAUUAUCAGUUUCAGUCCUUCACAGUCGUCUUGGUUUCGAUCGGCAAUCUUCAUCGUCAUCUCUAGAACGAACAGGUAUAGAUUUCUCACAAGAUUCAGAUGAUAUUGAUGCAAUCGUUGUUAAUCCAUUACUAGAAGACAUUCAAAAUGAUGCUACUACUGCUUCUACUACUAAUAGUGGUACUACUACAUCUAAUGAAGAAGAAGAUAGAAUUGAUGAACUUGAUGUUAUCGAUACUGAUGAUCAAUCUAAGGUUUCUGACGAAGAAGAAAUACUUAGAGGUGUUGAUUUUGAAGAAGAAUCUGAUUCUGAUUUGAAUAAUAAUAAAUUUAAACAUUCUCCUGAUUAUGUCUGGGAUCAUAUUGUUGGUGUUACUAGAAGAGCUUUUGACAAAAGAUCUAUUCAUCCAUGGCAAGAUUCAGUUCCAUUUGGUUCUUAUUCUUCUUCUUCCAAUUCUGAAGAUGAUAAGAGUAAGAUUGCAUUUGGUUCUGAUGAUCAACCUGUUGAUGAGAAUGUUAGGCGUAAAUUGGAUCAUAUUAGGGUUAUUGAAGAUGCAUUGUUAUUGAAAACAUCACCAUUGAGAGAAGGUUGGGCAAAUUGGUUUGAAAAAAAAGGGGAUUUCUUAAGAAGAGAUAAAAUGUUCAAGUCUAAUUUGGAGAAUUUAAAUCCUAUGAAUAAUCCACUGUUACAAGAUCCUGAUGGAGUUGGAGUUACAACUCUUACCAGGGGUGACAAGAUUAUGCACAAGGCAUUGCUGAAUGAAUUUCGCAAACUUCCUGUUGUUGUGAAGAAUCCGUUUUUUGGUAAUAAUGUUAAGGAAAGGGAUGCCAAUGUAGAUGAAAUGAAGGUGAAUAAAGAUAGAAUGAUUAAUCAGGUCAAAGGAGUGGAACGUAGAACGUUAGACGACAAUGGAAGUAGUAAUAGUAAUGAUGGUGCUGAAAAUUUAGGUUCCAUUGAAAGGGUUAUUGCUGGUUAUGAAAAUUCAAAUUCACAUUCAAAUGAUGAGAGGAAGCUCCAUCUACCAAAUGGAAAGGAGCCAUUAAAGCUCAAUGUACCAAAUGGCAAAGUGAAUGUGGAUUCCGGGCCUAUAUACGCUGAUGGUUCGAGAUGGGGUUAUUUUCCCGGCUUGCCUCCCCAUCUAUCUUUUACUGAUUUUGUGACUGAGUUCUUUAGGCAAGGCAAAUGUUCCUUGCAGGUGUUCAUGAUAUGGAAUUCUCCGCCUUGGAUGUUUAGUGUUCGGCACCAGAGAGGCCUUGAAAGCCUUUUGUACCACCAUCCAGAUGCUUGUGUUAUGGUCUUCUCUGAAACAAUUGAGCUUGAUUUCUUCAGGGACUUCGUGAAAGAUGGCUUCAGAAUUGCUGUUGCUAUGCCAAAUCUUGAUGAACUGCUGGAGAAUACCCCAACUCAUGAAUUUGUAUCAGCUUGGUUUGAAUGGAGAAAGACCAAUUUCUAUCCUGUCCACUAUAGUGAGCUUAUCCGCCUUGCUGCUCUGUACAAAUUUGGAGGCCUCUAUCUAGAUUCUGACAUUGUUGUAUUAAAGCCAUUAGCUUCAGUUAACAAUUUCGUUAGCAUGGAGGAUCAAUUGGGUAAUGGUUCUUUUACAGGUGCUGCAAUGGCAUUCAAGAAGUCCAGUCCCUUUAUAAUGAAGUGUCUAAAAGAAUAUUAUGAGACUUACGACGAUACCCUCUUAAGAUGGAAUGGUGGUGAACUUUUGGAAAGAGUAGGUAAACAAUCUUCAAGCAUAAAUAACAGCUCCAACAAACAGCUUGACACAAGUAUGCAACCUUCCUCCUUGUUCUUCUCUGUAGGACGGAAAAAUAUCACAAGAUACUUCAAUGCCCCUGCAGACGAGACUGAAAGGGCUGAACAAGAUAUCCUCUUCAGAAGGAUUUUGAAGGAGUCCUACAUAUUUCAUUUUUGGAAUAGUGUGACGUCUACCAUUGUUCCAGAUCCUGGAAGCCUUGUAUGGAGAAUUCUGAACCACUUCUGCAUUCGUUGUCUGGAUGUUCUAUAAUCUGUACUAGUUUGCAGAAACCAAGUCAAGUCAAGCUCUUCUCCAACCAUUAUCUUUCCAAAUCAUCCAGUCCAUGAAAGGAUUCUCAAGGAUCUGUGGUGUCAUUUGAUCAGGCUACAAUCUGGAAACAAGAUCAGAUUGUCGUUGUUACUAAUAUUGUAAGUUACUAGACAAGCAAACCGUGUUGUUGACGUUGGAAGAGUUAACUUAAAGUCUGCAUCACGAGCAACAAAAACCAAAGGGUGCAGGUGUUUGAAGGGCAGAGGGAAGUUGUUGGCUCUCAUCAAACGACGAGUUAUAACUAGAAGGAGAAAGUCUGGUCGUGGGAGAGCCGGACAAAAUUUUGAGGGUUGGGUUCUUGGAGGUAAGCUUGUUUGUUGUACUUCUCUGUAAUAGCCAUGAAGCAUGGCGAAAGAUACAGAAAUUUAAAAGAAGAUUAGAAAGGGUGUGACUGUUGACUCCUCCGUAUAAGAAAAUUUCCUUUAGAACCUAAUUGUAAAGUCAGUGCUGAAAAGUUGCGCAAAUGAAAUACAGUUGCUCAAACAAAAACCAAGUCGAUUGUGUUUGCGGUACUUAUUUUCCAUUUCUAUAAACUACUCACAGGGGAAAUCAAGGA